UUUAUUUCAGGCUUGGCGUUGCAGAUACCUUGCAGGGAUGGAUGUGAAACACAUCAAGGAUUACCUUUCCUGGCUGUAUUACCAAUACCUUCUGAUAACCUGUAGCUAUGUCCUGGAGCCCUGGGAACAAUCUAUUUUCAACACCGUUCUAGUGACUGCCAUUGCAAUGAUGAUCUACAGCUCUUACGUUUUCAUUCCAAUUCAUGUCCGCCUGGCAGUGGAGUUUUUCUCUGGGAUCUUUGGAGGGUAUAAUGAAAGUACAGUCGCGCUUAUGAGCUGAGUAUUCACAUCGAAAGUGGGUCCGUCUGUUUCUUACAUGGACCGAUAGCACAACAAGUCCAUAACAUGAAAAUGUGCAAUACCUAUGGAGGGUGGAAAUUUGACUUGCUCUCUGAUGGGGAGGAAAAACUGCACAGAACUGAGGGUGGGAGUGAUACAAAGGACAAACUCUUCAUUGUGCCCCAAUC